GUUGGGUUAAAAAAAAAAAAAAAAAAAACUUAACCCGACCCAACCCGACCCGACCCACCCGAAUUGACACCCCUACUUGCACAUGGAAAAGCUAUGGGACGUGGCUUCCUCCCUCUCUUUAUCUAGGACCAAGGAAUAAAAGAAAGUCUGCUCCUACAAGCGAGAUAUGCACACAUAUUUCUAGCCACUUCUUUUCUACUUUAUCAUUUUUUUUUUUUCAUUUCUAGUGAUCCCUAAAGUUGACUUGAGCGUCGGAAUGGUUACAUCAAGAUCUACCUUAGCCCCCAUUUUAAUUCUCUUUGAAUGUUGCAGAGUGGAGUUUUGAAGAUCUUCCUUCUAAUCCAUCGCUAGCUUCCUCACGGGUGAUUCCCUCCUUAUCAAGGACCGUAUUUAGUAGGCUUCACAUACUAACACAAUUAGUUUAUGUAAAAGUGUUACUGUCAAUAGAUCUGGAUCGAUUCUCAAUCGGUACAAAAUAUCCCACUGAUUGCUUUAACCCCUCUUUGCAUGUGCUACUUUUGUUGGGCAAAAUUCUUCAUGAUUUAUCUUCCUUUCAAACACUAAAUGACUAUCCCAGAGACGAUUUCAUCUUUUACUAUCAAACGAUAGGAGUGAGUUAGUUAAGGAAUUAUAUGUCAAAUGGACAGGAUGUGUUACAAAAGGAAAUAAUUUGAUUAUGGAACUUGAAAACCCUUUCUCUUGUUUUUUCCAUUUUCUUUUAAUAAUUUAAGUGUCCACCCUAUUAAUUUUAAAGAUAGAUGACCUUUCUCCUAAUUAUCUACAGCAUAAUUUAUACACAUUUAAAAAUCGACCUCCUAAAUAUGCAUCUUAAAAUUUAAAUUUAAAUUUAAAUUUCUCAUCCUUUUAUUUAUUUUUCUAAAUAUUUUACUACUACAUCACAACCAUCACAAAAAAUAUUAGAAUAAAAAUUUAAAUUGCUUUCUAAAAAUAAAUCGGACUUUGUUGGAAUAGUUUAAAAUUGAAGGGGUUAUUGAGAAAAAGAUCAAAGUCGAGGGUGAGGGUGAAGGCGCGCGUAUUAAAUAAAGUGCCAAGUUUGGGCCUUUCUCGUGUUGCUUUCGAUGAAAGGAAGAAGCUCAGUCUUCGUCGGAAUCGGAUGGUGGAGAAAAGAUGAAGUUCUGCAAGCGAUACGAGGAGUACAUGCGGGGGAGGGAGGAGGGGCUGCCCUCCGUCGGACUCAAGAAGUUGAAGAAGAUCCUCAAGAGAUGCAGCAUAGAAUUCCACUCCCGGCAAGACGGCGAAGGAGGCGCCGCAUGCCCUAAUAAUUGUGCAGUUUGUGAUGGCUCCUUCUUCUCCUCCCUAUUGAAUGAGAUGUCGUCUGUUGUUGGUUGUUUCAAUCAACGAGCACAAAAGUUGCUUGAAUUGCAUUUGGCAUCAGGCUUCAAGAAGUAUAUAUUGUGGCUUAGAGGUAAGUCUCUUCUGAGCCAUGGAGAAAUGAUGCAAGAAGGGAAGGAUCUAGUCGCUUAUGGUAUCAUAAACUCCAUUGCCAUGAGGAAGAUACUAAAAAAGUAUGACAAGAUUCAUUUCUCGAGGCAAGGACAGGCAUUCAGAUCUAAAGCUCCAAGCAUGCAUAUUGAAAUUCUUCAAUCGCCAUGGCUCUGCGAUCUGAUGGCCUUUUACAUUAACUUGAGGCGAAGUUCAGAUAAGAACAAGUCUACGGUUGAAUUAUUUGAUGACUGCUUUCUUACUUUUGAUGAUGAGGGUAAACCGACACUGUCUUGCGGUCUCUUCGACUCUUUGAAGAUUGAAAUUGAUUUGACGUGCUCAAUUUGUUUGGAGACUGUCUUUGACCCAGUGUCUCUCACAUGUGGCCAUCUUCUAUGUUACAUGUGUUGUUGUUCUGCUGCAUCGGUGACAAUAGUUGAUGGCUUAAAGGCUGCAAGCCAUAAAGCAAAAUGUCCUCUUUGUAGACAGGAAGGAGUUUAUGAAGAUGCAAUGCACUUAAAUGAGUUGAAUAUCUUGUUGAGCCACAGUUGCCGUGACUACUGGCAGAAGCGGCUUGUGAGUGAAAGAGUUGAGCGAGUUCGUCUGACGAAGAAACACUGGGAAUCCGUGAGACAAGAUUUCCUUGGUUUCCAAUGAUCAAAACAUUGUUUGUCAGUCAGUGAUCAAAUUGCUUUGGUGGAAUUACUCUUGUACAAACCCUUCUUACCUUCUUGUUUACAGUUGUAAGUUUUCGGAACCAGAUGAUUCGCAGGAAGUCUCGUAGGUCAAAGAAUAAUGUAAAUGAUGCUGUUGUAAAAUUUUCUGAAAGUGUAUGUUUGAUAGCUAAACUUUAGGAUGCUAUACUGCUGAAAGGUAUUCUCGUGAUUGGCUUGCUA